AUGGCAGAUGGUGCCAAUAGAUUAGAGACCAGUAAACAAACAGCCCGCCUUUAUCUCCCUAUCUUCCAUGCUAAUCAAUUCACCGGGGCGGGGCUUCAGGGAGACAGCCCACCGCAGCUCCAGCCGGCACCCCGUUGCAUCUCGCGAGAGUUUAUGGGUUUGUGGGCGGGCCCCCAUAGGGAAGAGCGCACAAAACUGCUCUUAAGUCAUUGCGGAUCCACUGCUCCUGUAAGCCAGCCACGAGAUUAUCGCGAGACCGCCUCAAUAGCAAGAAACGUGGGUAGCACAGACACUCGGUCCUGGACGUGGGAAGUACACCAGCUCCCUGCGCCCUUACAUUCGUUCUGUGCUCGCGACGGCGGCGUUGGCGGACUGAUACGCGGCGGUGAAGAGGCAGGAGGAGGGGGGAGGGGCGGAGCGUGGCAGCUGGCAGUAGUUCCGUCAGAGCGGACAUCUUGUGGCUGUGUCGUGCGCGUGAGCCCCGUAGGGCCGGGGAGGCACCAGCUGCUGCGCGGGGAGGAGGCCGAGGCCGCAGCUCCAGGGAGGCCCCGGCCCCUCAGUACGCGUGGGUGUGGACGGCUAGGGGAAGGGAAGGGAGGUUGGCCCUCUGGCCGGCCGGAAACCGAAAGAAGCCCGGCGUCGGAGCCUCCUGUUUCCCCCUCCCCCCCAGCCUUUCUUUGCCCUAGUGACGCCGGCAUAGCGCCGACUAGGCCCGGGCUCCUCCUCUGCUGGGCUCUGGACCGUGCCCCGCACCCACCCCUUUCUCCUACGCCUCUUCCUCUCCCACCCGGGUCUCUUCCUUUCGAGAGGCCGGGAAGUCAGACUUGUAGCCACCCCUCCGCUCUUCCCGUCACUCGCCCCCUCUUCGGGCCGAAGCACGGCAUAGAGGCUGUUGGUGGCCUUGCCACGCCACCCCACCCACCCCGGAUCCCGGCCGUUUUGAGGGACCUGGAUUCAUCGGGGUCUCUCCGGGGCCUGUGCGAGUGCUGAUCUGCU